AUGUCUCAUGCUCCCGUACAUUUUACUCCCACAAGUGCAGUUUCGGGAAACGUACUUCGAAAUAAAUUACCUUCCGGAGUCUCUUUGGACAUACCGAGGUUGCAGAGACUCAGCCAAAAAUUCUUCAAAUGGACUAAAAGCCUCACAAGAACUGAUGAGCAGGAAGAGAUCGUCAAACCCAAGAAAAUUGAAGAGUACAGAGCAGGGUAUCCAAGAUUCUCAUCUCUCAUCUCUGCUCACCACCCCUACCACAUAUGUCGACGCUUCACACAAGUCCGAGCCCGGUUGCUCCUCCUGAAGCAAGACAACAUCUCCCAGCUAGAGGAGCAAUUAGAGCAAAUCGACGAAUCUGAAACCCACAAAAUUUUCCUAGGAAACGCACGACGGGACGCCAAUGUUCAGAGAAAGCAGGUGUUGGCAGAUUUAGAUUUUGGUUUGAAAGAAUAUGACGAAUUAGUUGAGCGGAAUCAUAGGAUACUGAGUUAUCCGGAUGCGAAAAGAAGAGAUGUGAGGAGUAUACUGAAUUGGCUCAUGAAUAAUUCAAUUGCGAGAGAUGAGACCGCUUUUCUUUCGAAGCCAGAUCUGCUGUGUGUCGGAACGGUGCAUGACGACGCGUUUCUUCAAGUCGAAAUUCUGGUUGAGAAUGUCAUCAUAUUCUUCUAUCGACUCUUUAAGAAACGUCCUCAAAUCGAUCUUUCCAAUGAUCCUGACGUCUACAUCUUCUCAAGUCCGCUUUUGAAGCGCAUCACUCGUGCAAUGAUCGCUUGGGUUGUAGUAAUAAUCUUGUUAUUACCGGUUGUCGUGAUUAACGCGGUCGAGAAGCCUGCCGUUCGUAUAAGUAUUAUCACUACUUCUUCUGCCGCGGUCAUCAUGCUGUUAGCAAUGAUGACGAACAUCAAAACAUCAGAGAUGUUUCUUAGUGGUGCUACGUAUGCAACUGUUUUAGUUGUCUUUCUUUCUGGGAAUGUCAAUGGGAAAAUGUAA